AUGGAUUCUUUGUCCUAUACCGGCCCUGAACUACUGCCGUGUGGUAGGAACUCGAAUACAUGCUGCACACCGAAGGAGAAGUGUGGCUCCAACCUUCUGUGCCACGGUCCAGAUCCGAGUCGGCAAUACUGCUCGAACAAGAAUUGGGCAAACUGCUCAGAGCUGUCACCUGAAUCUAAAAUAGCUGGUCUCAGGUUAUGGGACUGCGGGGGGAAUAUUUACUGCUAUAAGAACGAGACUUGCUGCUCGGAUGGACCAACGUAUUACAUCAACCCCUUCACCGGGGAAGUGAAAGAUGGUAGUCAGAGAGACUCCACAGCAUCUCCAUCCUGGUGGACGGUUGAUAGCACGGCCAUACUGGCUGGCUCAACUGCAAGUACGUCUCGAUCGAGCCCAGAAACCAUACUCUCUUCGAACAGCGCCACCAUAAGUGUGUCUCAAGCCGGCACGGAACCAACAUCGAAUAGCGCUACCACAAUUACGACUCGAGCCAGUACAGAACCCGCAGCCUCCUCAAACAGUAGCCCCGCAACGUCUAAAUCCUCCAGUACCACAGUAUCUAGCCCAGGAAACUCACCUAAUUCUUCUUCUAGUCUCUCUGUAGGUGCAGGUGCCGGCAUAGGCGUUGGGUGUGCAGCUGCGGUAGUUGGUCUUGCUGUUCUUGUAUGGCUCUUCCUGCGUGAACGUAAGAAGAGAAUGACAUUACAAGCUCAAAUCGGACAACAAAAUAGCUCUUUGGGAUCUUCACCUCCCGCCGUUCAAAAAUAUGGCACGCAUGAUUACGCACAAUAUGGACAGCCUCCGCGCCACGAGUUAGACCAGGGAAGUUCGAGGCAGGAAAUGGAAUAA